UGACCCUGUGUGUGUGUGUGUGUGUUGUGACCCUGUGUGUGUGUAUGUGCAGGUGUCUGGAUCAAGCCGUCCCGGGGCUCCAGGAUGAGGGAGAAGAGAGCUGACUUUGUGGCCGGCUGUCUGGGAGGACACCUCAUCGUAGCUGGGGGACUGGGUAACCAGCCGACUCCCCUGUCCUCGGUGGAGAGUUAUGACCCUGUGCGUCGGCGCUGGGAGGUGCUGUCCUCCAUGCCCUCCCCCCGCUGCUCCUGCUCCCUGCUCCAGACCCCCACCAUGAUGCUGCUGCUGGGGGGCGUGGCCCAGGGGCCCAGCGACGCUGUGGAGGCCCUCUGUCUGAGAGAGGCCGCGUGAUGCUGGGGGGCAUGGUCCAGGGGCCCGGGGGCAUGGUCCGGGGGCCUGGGGGCGUGGCCUGGGGGACCCUGGGCCACUCACACACACACUCACUCACACACAGUCUCACACACACACUCUCUGUCACGCACACACACACCUUUUGAAGUGUGCAGCAUCAGGAUCAAAGCAGGGGGUACUUCUCUGGAGUCUGGAGGCCGUCUGUCUCUCCAUGCUUCUCUGGUCUCGGGACUUUACUGCAGUAGAAGCGUGCCCAGAGCAGUGGCACGGACCCGUGUGUGUGUGUGUGUGUGUGCGUGUGUGUGUUCUCUCUAAGUUGUGCAUCUGUGAGUAGAGAAGCAUAAAUAAUGUGGUGUGAAACUGAAAAGCAUCUUUUUUAGCCAUCCUCCCACGUGCGCGCACACACACACACACACACAAGUGCUUGUACACACACACACACACAAGUGCUUGUACACACACACACACACACACACACUACACACAGACACAAAAACACACACACUGUGAUAUAGCUAGUCUAAACACAGGGACUUUGGUAUCUGUCUCAGUUAAAUCUUUACAGAUACAUUAUAACAAACACGUGUAUAUUUAACCCUUAUUAUAGAAUCCACAUAUAUAUUUUAUAUUCUGAUUACAUAAAUUCAUAAAGAACUCAGAUAAUAUAAAAUAAUAUAUUGAACCUGUUACUCAAACAGCUGAAAAGCUGGUGUAGAAUAAAAUACAACAGAGUAGGGUAUUGUAGACUACAGUACAGUACAGUACAGUACUUCAUUACCUCACAGUCACAGGUGUGUUAUAACCCUUCAGAAGCAGCUCAUCUAUUCAGCAUUAGUGAAUUCCCAUAUUGGGGCGGCUUGAUUCGAUACACGGCGUUGUUUCUAAUCACACCCUGCUGCCCAGCGCCCCAAUGAACACAGCAUCCUGCUAGUAGGAACACACACACGCUGUCUCAACACACACACACUGUCUGCACACACAAGCUGUCCUCACACACAAACAUAGUGUCCUCUUGUUUUACACAUCACCCCCCCCCCCCGUCCAGUGCCAGCCGUGUGCUAGCAGGGCAGCUUGGCCAGGGCUGUAUCAUCUUAAAACCUGGAAAAAAGGCUUUUGAAAAUGUUUACAUUUGGCACAAUGUGUUUGGCUACCAACCAUAUUUUCAGGAAAACAAAUUUCACAGUUUUCUCAUCUAGUAAAGUUUCAUAAUUGACCAACUAUAUUUACACGACUGUUCCUGAGGUCGUUCAUGUUUGUUAGAAAUCCAGAACCAUGUCCUCUACAGGGGACAUAAGGCCUCAGAACCAUGUCCUCUACAGGGAACAUGAGGCCCCAGAACCAUGUCCUCUACAGGGGACAUGA